ACUUACCAUCUCGUGGUUCAAAAAUACUAUGUCACUCAGCGAGCGUUCUAACUCAGUGGCGACGGAAGCAAUCAAUCGUGCUGCUGUUAUCGGAGGUGGUAGCUUCGGAACAGCACUCGCCUUGGCACUUGCUAGGAAAGGGUGCGAUGUGUCCGUCUGGGCUAGGACUGAGGAGCAGUGCAAAACGGUUAACGAGACCCGGGAAAAUGUGAAUUAUCUACCAGGUGUCCGCCUGCCUGAUUCCAUUCAUUGGACCAAUUCUGUUGACGAAGCCGUGGAAGGCGUCGAGAUGGUCCUUCUCGUCAUCCCAACACAGUUCCUACGAGACUUUGUAGCAUCGAACAGAGCCCGUCUCCCUGUUGGCGUUCCAAUUGUUCUCUGUGCUAAAGGCAUCGAAGUAGACUCGCUAGAAACUCCAUAUCAAAUCGUCGAGGAUGAGCUGCCUGGUAAAUAUAGCAAGCACCUGGCAGUUCUUGCUGGUCCGUCGUUCGCCAAGGAGAUGGCGCAGAAUCAGCCCACUAACGUGACUGUUGCCUCGAAAAAUAAAGAGGUUGCGACUAGGGUCCAGAAUCAGUUGUCCAGCCGAGAGGCCAAUUUCCGUGUCUACACUUCUGAUGACUUCAUCGGUUGUGAAAUUUGUGGCGCAGUGAAGAAUGUUCUUGCUAUCGCCUCUGGUGCUUCUACCGGGUUGGGGUUUGGCAACAACACUAGGGCAGCUCUUAUUUGCCGAGGGCUUGCUGAGCUCGACCGUUUAGCGAGGAAAAUGGGUUCUAAUUCCAAGUGCAUGUCGGGGCUGGCCGGCGUGGGGGAUCUGUUGCUCACGUGUUCCUCUGAGCUUUCUCGCAACUUCACGGUUGGUCAUCGACUCGCUAAAGGGGAGACCUUGGAGGAAAUCAACGCCUCGAUGAAGAGUGUGGCCGAAGGUGUGGCCACCGCAAAGAGUCUGUGGACGAUGGCUGCCCAGCUGGAUGUUGAUAUGCCCAUCUGUGGGGAAGUGUACAAGGUGCUCUACGAAGGUAAGGACGUUAGAGAAGCUCUCACACUGUUGCAGAGCCGUCCCCUUCGUGAGGAGUAGAGUGGCACUAGUAGCGACUAUAUGUCCAGUUUUAAUGCUUUCACAGACACUGUUGCA